CGACCUACAACUGUGGCCCAAUUACCUUGCAAAAAACUCCAGUCCUCCACCUGUUCAGGGACAGGACAGCGUCUGGCGUGAACGGCAGGGUAUAUCCUUUACAAAAGAGGGUGUUGCGGAUGUGAUGCAGGAGUAACCGGCUGUGGAGCACUGAGCUUCCCAUGGCUGUUGGCACCAUGGACUCCGAGUCCGCCCGAACACCUCAGCCUCCGGCCGCCCUGACUACAGGAGGCCGCUCCCUGCUGCCUGCUGGCGCUCUGAGUGACAUGCUGGGCACUCGAAGGAAGCACUACGUCUGCGGCUCCGUUGCAGCUUUCGCCAACAUCAUGGUGACUUUCCCCCUGCAGAAGGUGCUGUUCCGCCAGCAGCUGCACGGCGUGUUGGCCACUGAGGCGGUGCGGCAGCUCCAGAGGGAUGGGCUGAGGACUCUCUACCGGGGCCUGCUGCCCCCGCUGCUCCAGAAGAGCACGACGGUCGCCAUCAUGUUUGGCCUGUACGAGGACUUCUCGAGGGUCCUGCUAGACUGUGCUGAUGGCAGCGGGGUGCCGGAGCUGGUCACUCGAAGCUUCGCUGCAGCGUUGGCAGGAACAGCAGAGGCCGUCCUGACGCCAUUUGAGCGCGUGCAGACUCUCCUACAAGACCAUCGGCAUCACGGGCGCUUCAACAACACAGUCCACACCUUCCGGACACUUCUGACUGAGUAUGGCGUCAGAGAGUGCUACCGCGGCCUGGUGCCCAUAAUCCUCCGUAAUGGCCCUAGCAAUGUGCUCUUCUUCGCGCUACGCGGGCCCAUUAAGGAGCACCUCCCAGGCGCCAGUAGUCGGGCAGGUCACAUGGUGAAUGAUUUUGUGUGUGGGGGGUUGCUGGGGGCCGCCCUUGGCAUCAUGUUCUAUCCAUUAAAUGUGGUGAAGUCCCGGGCUCAGUCUCAGGUUGGUGGAGCCUUCCUGCCUUGCAGGGAGGUGCUGCUCACAGUGUGGAGGGAACGAGGUGGCAGCGUGGCCAUGCUCUUCAGAGGGGCCCACCUGAACUACCACCGCUCACUCCUCUCCUGGGGAAUCAUUAAUGCCACCUAUGAACUGCUGCUGAAUGUCAUGUAAGAUGGGAACGAGAGAUAACACAAGAGAGAGAAAGAACGCUUUUAAAGGGAAACACCCGUAUAAUGAGAUGGAGCCAGUUUGUUGAAGACAAGAUGCAUUGUAAAGUAAAGCUGAUGUACUUGCUGUCGUUCUUCAUGACCUAAAUACAGCAGUGAAAUUGCACUUCUGAUGGGGGCCAACAGUCAGUGUGAGAUGACCCACCUGCCACAUGCCAUGAGUAUCCACUGUUCAAAAUAUUAAACAAGAUGCACGCUUUAGCCUAUACAGAACUUGUGCCAGGGUCCAAUUCAUUGCCCUUGUUUGCUCUCUGUUCAAAAAUGUGUUUGAGCAAACUGAACUCGAGUGCUUUUUCCCCACCGUUUCAAGCCACGCUUACUUGACUGAAUCAACUGUUUCCUCGUCGGUGCUGUGGAUGUUUGGUGAACGUCACCUGUCUCUUUGUUUGACCAAGAGCAUUUCCUCUGUGAGGCUGUAUUCUGCAACUUAACUGAAACACUUUUGUUCUGUUGACUAUUUAAAUUAAAUGAGUUUAAUACAUUUAGUUUUUAUUUAUGCUUCACCACCAAUUUGUUUCUGAGAGCAGGAGGCUAACACUUUAGAAAUAGUUGAAAUGAAUAUCAGUGCCGAUCUUGGAGAUGCUGUCCAGCAGACCCAUGCUGGCUAUUUUGAACAGUUUUUCCUUUCACACGAUUCAUCUUUGCCACUUGGAGAUGCUCUUGUCUCGCACUAUUUGUCAUGGUUUGUUUCAUGAAAUUCUCCUGGCAUGUGUUAUCUUGAGUUUUCUUUAUGUUUCUGUAUUUUGCCCAUUGAUGUCAGUAAACCACAUUUAUUGUAAAAGAGAACAUACAUGUUAAUUGUUGACUUUAGGACGAUUGUUUCUGUCCAUGUAAGUGAGCUGAUCUGUGCCAAAUGUAAGAAUACAGCUCGCAACAUAGCUGCCUACCACCUGACAUCUUGGGUACAACUGUUCAACACUAGCGUUAUUCAGUUAGCUCGUAUAUAUUUAUUAACCGUGGAUAUUAAGAAAGAAAAAAGAACAACAACAAACGUUUUUUCGAAAUCACCAGUUAAAGCUAAACCUUUAUUUCCCGACACUGUCUUCGACGUUACGAUAAUGACAUUUAAGUGCUUCUCAAUGUCUGUUUUCUUUUUCUGAACUUUAAUAUCACUUGUUUUUUACUUGUAUUUCUCCUUCUACGAGCUUUCCUUCUCUCAUGCUUGCUCUCCUGUCCGUCUGUAACAUCUGUUGGCAUAAUGGGCUCAGAUUUCAAGCGUGAGUAGGUACUGUCACCACGCAGCAGCUCCUGCUGGCUACGACAGCCCGAAGAGGAGAGGCAUAGUGCCCGGACACAGAGAGAGACCCACUAGUAAUCGUGCUGAGAGAAGACGGGGGCGUUCCGAGGGGAAUGUUCAGUGGAACAAAAAGCUCAAGCUGCCAUGUAAAUCGCUCACGUGGCCUUUAUUUUGGUUGUCCACCGCGUGACGUUUCCUGAGCAUCUUUUCAGGAUCUUCCAGGGUUUCCUUUUUGUAAGUAAGAUGGUAAUUAUGUUUUGAAAGUGGGACACCCUCCCUUACAUUAAAUAAUGCUGCUUGUA